AUGGCUGUGAAUGAGAUUCGAGAUUAUUUGCAACAAAUUAAGAAGAUUUGGAAUGAGACCGGUUGUUCACUAAUGGCAGAUGAUUGGACAAACCAAAAGCAACAAUCAAUAAUCAACUUUCUUGUUUAUUGUCCGAAAGGUACAAUAUUUUUGAAGUCUGUUGAUACAUCUGGUCUUAGAAAAGAUGCUGAAACAUUGUUUAAUAUCUUUGAUGAGGUUGUUCAAGAAAUUGGACCUGAGAAUCUUGUGCAGUUCAUAACGGACAAUGAUGCAAGUUAUAAAGCUGCAGGAAAAAAGUUACAACAAAAGUAUGGCUCUUUCUACUGGUCCCCAUGUGCAGCUUAUUGCAUAGAUUUAAUGUUGGAGAAUUUUUCUGAUCCAAGAUAUUUUCCCCUUAUUGAUGAUACCAUAAAAAAGGUAAAAAAGAUAACAAAAUUCAUCGAUAACCAUGGCUGGGUUUUGGCAUUGAUGAGAAAAGACUUUACCAAAGGUCAUGAUUUGUGUCGUCCUGCAGUUACAAGGUUUGCGACAAAUUUUUUAAGUAUCCAAUGUUUGCUCUUGUUUAAGAAAGAACUCAGACAAAUGUUUACUUGUGAUAAAUGGAUUGCAUCAAGUCAUUCUAAGAGCAGCAUAGGGAAAGAGAUAUCUGAGAUUGUUUUAGAAGAUAAAGAGUUUUGGGUUCAAUGUCAAUUCAUUGUUAAAGUUAGUGAACCUUUGGUUCGUGUUCUACGACUUGUUGACGGGGAUGAGAAGCCUGCAAUGGGAUACUUGUAUGAUGCAAUGGAAAGAGCCAAAGAGAACAUAAAAGCAAGAUGCAAUAACAAAGUCAUUUUAUUCAGUCCAUUCACCAGGAUCAUUGAUUCCAGAUGA